AUGAAUAGCAAUACUAUAUUAUGUUCUCUUUGCCAAAUAUCUUUCUCAAAAAAUACUAGAAUCAGUACUAUUAAAAGGCAUUUUGAAAAGAACCAUGCAAAUGCUUAUAAACAAAUUAAUCAAGAAGUACAAAAUAAUCAGCUUCUAUAUACUGAAAAUGAUUUAGAUCAAGUUAAAUUGAUUAAUCUUCAUAUAUAUAUUGCCAAUAAGACAAACAGUUUCACAACAUAUUGGUAA